AUGUUUAUCUUCGCUUAUAUUCGAAGUGAAACUGCAUCUAUACAAAAAGAGAAUAACAAAGAUGAUUUCAGGAAAAAAUGUCUAGCACUGAAUACUCAUGUAAUUAGUAGAAUUCCUCGAACAAAAUAUAUUGAUCAAAAUAGAUGGAAAGGAGCAUUAAGGACUUUUUACGAAAAUUACCAUGCAGCACUAACCAAAUAUGGAGGAUGUCCUAUGAUUUUAGAUGAGAAUGAUAAAGAAAUUUUAGUAUUAAAUUAUGAAGCAGAAGAUUUCUGUGAACAAAAACAAGAAUAUCUGAAAUAUCUAAAUUCAUUCAAAGAAAAAGGUAAUAAAUAUAAUUGUAAGAGUGAUACUAACUGCAUAAGUAAAUGUAGAGAAUAUAAUGUGUGGAUUAAAGAAAGGAUGGUUCAUUUUAAUAAUAAGAAGGUUCAGUUAUACAAAAAUUGCCGAAGCAAAGAACAUUUAUCCCAAUUUCCAACAAAAAAAUGCAACAUACUCGAAUCCAAAACAUUCCAAGGAAUUAAUACAUGCUUAGUGUCUGAUAUAAUUUUAAGAGAAGAAAAGACACCUAAAAAACUAGAUGAAGUUUCGCAAGAGUCAGAAAGUGAAUAUAACUCUCGAGAAUCCGUUAAACCUAAAAAUCAAGAUCUAUCUCAAGGAGAAGAUUCUCCCAAAGCGGAAGCUCCACCUUUAGAGAUAUCUCCACUUCAAACAGCAACUGAAAGUUCAAUUAGCCAAGAUGGAACUGCAGAAAAUGAAGAUACAGAAUCUUCACUGUCUGUAGAAUUAAAAAUUACUACAGCUAAUAAAUAUGUAGACUCAAAAAGAGAAGAAUCUCCUAGAUUACAAUCUCCAAUUCCAGAAAAUUCAGUAGCACUUCCUAAUCCUAAAGAUAUUUCGACCUAUACUGCUUCACCCAAUUUUGGCUUAAUUUCUACUGAUCAUUCUUCACAUUCUACAACAACAGAAGGAUAUGUGUCUACCACAAACAUAAUAUCUAUAUUAAUAAGCAUUUUAACUAUUAUUGUAUUUUCUUUUUUUAUUAAAUGCGUAUUAAUAAGUCUGUUAAAAAAAAAAAAAAAGGUAAAAAAAAGACAAAUGAACUUUUUGAGAAUUCUAAUACCAUCGCAUUGGGGGGGAAAAAGUGAGUUUUUAACACAUGAUAAUCUAGAACACCCAAUAUAUGAUGAUGAAGAAAUCAUAAAAAAAAUUAAAAUAAAUGAACUUACAAAAAAUGUAUACUUAUCAAAACGAAAAAAAGACAGAUCCAAAACCAUAAUAGAAGUACAUAUGGAAGUACUUGAAGAAUGCAGAAAUGAAGAUUGGGAAAACAACAAAGAAGCAUUCUUAAAAAUUUGUCUAGAUGAGUUCACAAAAAAGGAUUAUAGAACCUAUCCUAAUUUAACAUAUAAUGAUCUAAUAACAGAAAAUAUUAAAAGUAGCAAUGAUAUUGAGAAACAAAAUAUUCUAUGGAAUAAAUGGGUAGAAAGACAUAGAUAUCUUUUUGAAAAAUUGAAAAAAGAAGACUGGUAUAAUAAUUUGAAAAAUGAAUGGAAAAAAGAAAUAGCUUACAUACAAGAAAGAGAUGAAUUAAAAAAGAAAUCAUCUAAUGAAAAUCACAACUUUCCAUUUUUAGAAAUAGAAAAAGAUCUAUGGAAACACUGGAUAUCGAAAAAGGGUAUUAUUAUAGAACAAUAUUUGGAACAGGAAUGGAUUAAGGAAUUGGAUAUGGAUUUAAACAUUAUGUCAGAUGAAUGCGUAAAGGAAGAUACAAAGAAUUAUGUAACACUAAUGAAUAUAGAAGAAUUGCAGCACAAAGAAAAUUAUGAAGAAUUAUGUAAAUAUAUAAAAAAAAAAUUAUUAACAAUGCUCUGUAUUCUAGUACUUAUGUCCAUGUUAGAAGAAUAUAAAAAAGAGGUGAAUUUUGAUAAUAGGGAAUCAUAUUUGGAUAGAUCCAUAAAUGAAUGGAAGGGAAAAGGAUAUUCAAGUAAAAAACAAGAAAUUACAGAAAAUAUAAUUGAAUGUAAUAACAAUGAUAUAGAAAAUAAAAGAAAUGAGGAAUUUGAUGCUCAUAUAUGGAAAGAUAGUUUCAGGAAUGAAAUAGAAGAUUGGAUAAGAGAUGAUGACUUAUAUGCAAAUUCUAUAGUUAGUGAUAGAACAGUAGACAAAUCGGAUGAAAUAGAAGAAAAACAGUUUCUAUAA